UCCUUUGACUACAAAAACAUACUAAAAAAAUCUAAUUUAAAUAUUUUCUCCCUUCUCUGACACCCCUAAAAAUACUAAAAUAACACCUUUUUGUCUCCCACUCCCCCUAAUGAUAAUAAUAAAAUAAAUGAAAUAAAAUAAAAAAAGAAAAAAAUAACACCCAUACUAAAACACCUUUUCUUCCCUUCAUUGACUCCCCUCAGAAUGCUAAAAAAAAAACACUAUUUCUCCCCUUCAUUGACUCCCCUCAGAAUGCUAAAAAACCCACUUUUUUGUCUCCCCUCAGGACGGCUUCGUGUUGGUGGGCUCGGUGGCGGGACAGAGAUAUUGGUCCUCAAUGUUGAAUCUGCAGUCGACCAUCACAUCCGGGGUUUUCACUCCUGAUGACCAGCAGGUAUACUUCGGCACCACCUCUGGCAUGGUGAUUGUCAUGGACGUCCACGGGGCCAUGGUGUCUCAGGUGCCACUUCUGGACGACACAGCGAUCACUGACCUCGCCUGGUCGUGCCCCAAGUUCAAGAUGGAGGAGAAUGACGACAACAACGCUAAAAAUAGCGACGCGAAUGCCCUCCUGGCGGUCGUGUUCCAUUCAGGCCUCGUCUACCUCCUUCGCACCCACGACGACCUCACGCCUGUGGUCGUCAGAACAGGACUCAGGGGCAUUCAGGUGGAAUGGACUAAUUCCGGGGAGGUGCUGGCCGUGGCGGGACACCUUCCUGACGAAGGGUGCACCGUCGGUACCGCCACCACGCACCCGGUGAGGAACGUGGUCAAGUUCUACACGAGGGGCGGCUCCCUUCGGUACACUCAUCACCUCCCGCUGUGUCAGAACCCGGUCACCGCCCUCACCUGGGGCCACAAUGACAAGCGGGUGUUCGUUGCAACGGGCGCCCAGUUGCACAUAGGGCGUGUCUCGAGGCGUGUUGCAUCCUUGCAGCUGCUCUGUCGCCUUGCAAUCAAAGACGCAGAGUGCGGUUAG